AUGGAAUUUCUGCAGAAGAUGACCAACACUGUCCUCAGUGUGCACAGGUGUGAGGGCCGCUCGAAGCUUCAUGCAGAGCUCCUGCGCGAGAUCGCGUGGCAUCGGGAAACUCUGCCACUUGAGCUGAUGGCCAGCUGGCAGCAGAGUGGCUUUGACCCGCAUGAUGAAUCGACGAGAGAAACCCUGCGGCUUCUGAAGACAGGCACGUCGACCACCAAGGAUAUCUUGGAAUCCACCUUUGCUCACAUGACCGACAUCUCCAAAAGACACAGCAAAAAUCAGAAGCUGGCCUUCUACACGAGGUGGAUCUACGCAGCCUGCUCACCCUAUGCGCGGUCCAGCGCGCCUCAAAUCUUGCCGACCGGUGAGGACUGGCUGACACACAGGACCUCUGACGCAGAAAAGGCCAAGGAGUUUUCGAGACUGGGAAGCGUGAAGGACGAAAAGCUGCCGGAAAUCUGGUAUGGCCAGGACAGUCGCUUUCCCAAAAGGCCAUCUGACAUCGUGUACCGCCACGCUGGGCCUCUGUCCCAUCAGAAAUCUGCGUCCGCGCUCGCGUUCUCCUUCGCGGACGAGGAGAGCGACUUCAGCAACGUGAGGAACGCUUGGCUAGGCUCGCUUUUCACUCAGGGCGGCUGUUUCCUCCACGUGCCCACCCAGGAGUAUGUCAUCUCACUGGGGUUCAGAAAAUGGGCCGCGCUGGGCAUGCGGCUCUCCCUGCGAACGGUGGGCUUCCAGGAUUACCUGGUCUUGGAUGCAUGCAGUGAAGAUCCCGAGCCCUUUUGGAUGCACAACUGGAGCAUGACAAAUGAAAAUUGGCUGGCGGUGGAAACAGAGCUGCUCAUUCCGUCCUGCGUGCCUGAGGCCUUGCAAGAGGAGAACCUGGGUCUCACCCUCCAGGUCAAUGGCCUCACUGACUUGCUGCCCGCAGCCAUCAAAAGAGGAACUUUCUUGACAGCCGAGGCAAUCAAAGCCUUGGUGCGGGUAUUAAAUGCGGAUGUUCCGGCGCAAGGCAGGGGAAGCGGAAAAAAUGGAAACGUCGUGAAACUGGAUCUGGCGAAAAGUCUGGUGGAGCAUUUGUUUCCUACGGAGCCGGCAGAUGAGAAAGCACGCAUGGUCAACGCGCUCAUGGGUCGCCAGAAAGCAGUCAAUCCAGAAAUUCUGCAAAUAGUAUCUGGCCUGGACGCCGAAAACGCUGAAGACCAGAUUUUCAAAAAGAUGAAGAAGCAAGCCAGUGAAGAACUUCAGCGAUCUUUUGUCUCUGCUGGCAAGAAGCAAGCAGAAAGAGAGCGCCGCCCACCUCCUGCUCCUCCUCAAGCAGGCCAAAACCCUGGGAGCAGCGCAGCUCAGCCGGCGGCACCGAGAGACGGAGAGAUGCAGCAGCACGAGGCAGCACGGGCUCGAGCGCAUGCUGAGCACAAGAAGCAUGAGCAGCAAAACGCUGAACGGCUGAACCAGCUUACGCCUCCAACCCUUCGCAGCUUCCUUCCGGGAGGUGGUACGAUUACUGACACGUUCAGUAUCGAGUACCACCCCGUCCAGAAACAUUUUCGCGUAAAGUACCCUUGUGGCUCAGCUUAA